GCAGCACAUCCUCGGCCGCUGCUCGCCCACCUGACAGCCCAGCGGACAGGCAGCACCGGGUCACACCGCAACACACCGCGUCCUGGAGGGGGAAUGGGGGGCACCUAGCCCGCUAGCUGACCACCUCGACUUCUCUGGAAGCGGCGAAAGCUCCCGGCCGGCGGUCCACAACGAUGGUGUCCUGGAUGAUCUCGAGGAUAGUCGUCCUGGCCUUUGGGACGCUCUACCCAGCAUACUCCUCAUACAAGGCUGUCAAAACGAAGAACGUGAAGGAAUAUGUGAAAUGGAUGAUGUACUGGAUAGUGUUUGCGUUGUUCACGACAGCAGAGACGGCCACAGACCUGCUCCUAUCGUGGUUUCCAUUUUACUUUGAGCUAAAGAUUGCCUUUGUGAUCUGGCUCCUGUCCCCAUACACCAAGGGCUCCAGUGUCCUCUACCGCAAGUUUGUCCACCCCGCGCUGUCCAACAAAGAGAAGGAGAUAGAUGAGUACAUAGCGCAAGCCAAAGACAGGAGUUAUGACACCAUGAUGAGGUUUGGAAAGAGGGGUCUCAACCUGGCUGCUAAUGCUGCUGUCACCGCAGCCACCAAGGGGCAGGGCGUGCUCUCGGACAAGCUGCGGAGUUUCAGCAUGCAGGACCUGACUCUCAUCAACGCUGAGGACGAGCUGUCUCUGCACACUUCAGACGCCCGCAUGAGACGUGACCCCAUGGACGAGUUGAGCUCGGGGUCUAGCACGCUGCCCCGGGCCAAGAGCACCGCUACACGGCAGACCCGCUCUUUGGCAGCCACGUCCCUUGUUGACGACGCUUCAUCCCAACACAGUUCUGACCAAUCAGACACACGGACUGAACACUCUGAUGAAGAUGCAGGAGACAAAGCCCCCAAACGUGCCAGCGUCAAGGCAACCAAGAAACCUCCUGCUGCUAAGACAGAAACACAAACCAAGACUGUGAAGAAGCCAACCAAAAAAAAGGCCACGACUAUUAACGCAGAGACGCCACCAUGAGGGCUGCAAUCCACACCCCGCGGCCUCCACCCUCUCCACACACAGCCUGCAGGCCCUUCUUCCUCUGUUUGGGUUCCACACAGACACACUGUGUGUAUAUAUAUAUUUAUCUAUAUAUUAAGCACUGAAUUUGUGACUCUUGCUGUUUUUUAGAGCAAAGUGCAGGCUUUGGUUUUCAGCAGUAUUUGGGCACCCUUGGUCCUUUUACAGUUACUGGGUUGAUGCAUACUUUGCCUCUUUACUUGCAUCAUAUGUAUG